GUAGGACCUGCCAGUCAGCAGGUCACGAGCACCGACCUCGUCAGACCGACAAGCGAAGCGUCACCACUCGGUCUCACGUGUCAGUCUGGCAACGGACGCCUCACGUCUCUGAAUUAUUUCAAACUUACCCGACGAAAGAGAAAGAAUGUGAAUAACGUGAAAACGCCACAACGCUACCAUCUAUCAUGAAAAUCCAUCAAGAAGUAUCGUCUGAAGCGCGCAUUUGAGAACCAACGCUCGCAACAGCCGUCUGUGUUACCAUGGCAGCUAACACGGGAAGACGCGUCUCCCAGCAACACGUCCUCCUCUUAGUCCUCCUGAAAGCGUGCCUGCUGGGGGGGAGAGUCCUCGGCGCUUCCUCCUCCUCCUCCUUCUUCUUCAGCACGGAGUCCCCAGAGAACCCUGACUACAUCGAAUACCACGACUACGAGGACUCCCCCCACUGCGAGCCACUGGAAGCAGAGGAGUGCCAGGGCCUCGGCUACGACACCACGCUCUUCCCGAACCUCCUCAAUCACAGGUCUCAGGACGCGGCGCUGGAGGAACUCAAGGAGCUCAUCCCUCUGAUUGAGGUUGAAUGUUCAGAAGUUCUACGGGAGUUCCUGUGUUCACUGUACAUGCCGGUGUGCACAAAUUACGGCUUCCACUUGCCUCCGUGCCGGGCCCUUUGCAGGCAGGCAAGGGAGGAGUGCGAGCAGGCGAUGCUCUCCGAUGGACUCAAGUGGCCUGAUAAAUUUGACUGCACGAGAUAUCCCGAACACCACGAGCUCAUGUGCGUCUUGUCCCUCAACCACAGUAAGUCCGCGGAGAGAUCCGUGUGCCGAGCGGGCGAGUGUGUCUGUGAAUACCCGAGAACUUGGGGCCCGUACGGGUGUGAGGAAACACAGAUCCUGGGCGGCCAGUGCACCAAUGACAACCAGUGCUCGACCGUCACGCCCAACGCCGUGUGUCGCGACAACAAGUGUGCUUGCAUCAGCCCGCUCACCAGCUACAUGAACCUUGCUUGCAUUCACGCGAGCGGCGUCGGGUCCCUGUGCUACAAUGACGCGCAGUGCAGGGCCGUCAACACGUACUCCUUCUGCCGGUUCCUCGUGUCACAGGUCGUCGGGACGUGUGCUUGUGACCCCGACCAGUUUAUUGACAUCCAUGGGCGUUGUGCUCCUAGGCUGGGUGGCCGCUGCAAGAGAGGAACCUGCUCCAGGAAACUCGGGGUCGCCUCCUGCCAGCGCGGAAGGGAGUCGGUCCUCAAGUGCUUCUGUCGCAAGAAGGCGGUGCAGCGCAGGGGCGUCUGCGUCCUGCGAUGAGUGCCGGCGUUUGGUGUAGAUUAAGGGCGUGUUUGGGUGUGUGGUUGGCUGGUUUGGAUUUGGUGGUUGGUGUGGUUUGUGCUUGGGCGUUGAUUGUGGAAGUAGUUUUAGGUGGCGUGUUUUUUCAAAGAAAUGUGUUUAUGUGCGUUUACAUACACAUACACACACACACACACACACACACACCAUAUAUGUAUGUGUGUGUGUGUGUAUGUGUAUGUGUGUGUGUGUGUGUGUGUGUGUGUGUGUGUGUGUGUGUUGCAUUAGCAGCCUCCAACAAAGGGGUCAGAACUGUAUUAUAAACUAUUUAUCUUCAGUAUUAUAUUCCAUAAUUUUCGAAACUCUGCAAUAUGAUAUUUCAAAGUUUUGUUCUUAUAUUUCAAUUAGUCAGUAUAUUGCAUGAUACACGAUGAAAGAAAAAAAAAUAAACAAAAGGAAAUUUUGUCCGAGUGAAAGCAGAUAUAGAUAUAAUUUAUCCCAUUUCAAAAAUUAAUAAAAGUGUUACUGUAUUAAAUGUACUGAAACGAGGUCAAAAUUAUUAAACUAAAAAAAAAUAUAUAUAAAUUACAUAUCCGUUAUAUUGAGAAUUCACCGGAGAUAUACAUCUACUGAAAGUGUUUAACUCACAAUAGUACUUACAAAGUGUUACGCCA